AGUUAUUAUUACACGCGCGUGGCGAUUUAAAAAAAAGAAUAACUUUAGAAACUACAACAUAAAAUUUAGGGUGAUGGUACCUUUGUGUUCGCUUUAAAGUUAAACUGAAUAUGGUAGAGCGUGAUCUAUAGAAGAUAAGUUGGUGCGAACUCACUGCCAAGUGAGGAUGUAGCGAUAAGUAUCGGCAAUGCAGAUUGGUUUUCGUUCAACUAAGUGUGCUCGUUCGUACUUUUUGAUCUCGGUUAUCCCUAGGUUAUGUAUUAUUUGACUUCACCUAGUCCAUAUUCACUUACCGGUAUCUCCAAAUUUGGUCAUAUCAUUUGAUAUUGGUCAUAGACCAUAUUUCUGCUCUGCGUAACGUAUUAGCUCUACUGUCAGUCAGCAUAAUUUUGCCAAUUCAUUGAACAAUUGACAUGAGCAAAACUUAUAGUUGCCAAUGACGCAUAUUCGUGUUGCAUGACGCAGUAUUAUUAGAAUAUACCUGAUUUGCAGAUCUCGGAAAAGGUGUCAAAUUAAAUAUUUUUUAUUGUGCAUUUAAAAAUAUCUUAAUUGCAUCAUUCAUUUUUAUAUAAGGCAUAUAUUUACGCAUAUGUAUCGAGCAUGGCCGCCGAUGAGCGUGCAACAAUGGUAUCUAUACCUUCGUUCGGCUUCGGAAAUAUCAUAUUUAUUUAAACUAACAGAAAUAUGCUCCAUCGUGCUAGAUCACCCUUUCGCCAGGUGCGGAAAUUGCCGAAUUUCUGAUGUAGUUAUCUGGCCACACAUUGCCGUAUGUCAGUAACAGACAAUAUAUUAUGAUUGAGGUAAACUUAUUUAUUGUUUUGUAACACUGGACAAUUGUGAAAUCGUUUGCAAUGUAAAACAGAAUAUCCGUGAAAUAUAUUAUAAUACUAAUGAUACAAACACACCGCGACAUCUUAGUGAUUUUAAAUUUGUUUUUGACGAUGAAAAAAUUCCCAAAUUCGUUCAAGUUAGAAAUACGAUCUUGUUAUUAGUGUUAUAUUGUCAUGUGAAUCGACAUCUUUAGUAGGGCAACUCACAACUCAUGUAUGUACCAAUGUCUUUUCGGAAGAGACAAAAAUCAGCCUUAUUCUAAAGACAGACCACGUAGUAUGAUCAAACUAAAAUAAUAGACAUACCAAUUGUUAUUAACUGCACACAAGACUCGACUUAUAUAUCGCUUGCAGUUUUGUAAAAAUGUUACUUUGGCCAUUCUUGACACGAUUGCAAUAACAUCAUGCUUUCUUCAAUGUGAUACAACUUGCCAGUUGUAUAAUUAUGAAUUAUGAAGCAUUGUAACAUUUUGCCUCGGGCGUUAUUUAUUGUGUGGUAAAAUCUAAAGUUUGCGUCGGCGACAAACGACAUUUCUCACGUUGGUUUGAAGUUUUGUUGUUCACCAAGAAAUGAAUUUGUUAUAAACCAUGCAUUGGACUGCAACCAGGUCGCGUGCCAAGGUAAAAUUCUUCCAAUACGGAGCACUUUUCAUCGCUGUCACCUAUGCCUAUUAUGUUUUUAUGGAGAGGAAAUACUCCAAAUCUGAAGUUGAUGUGGAGUCUGUGAAUGAUUUAAUUUUGAAAGAUGAACAAAGCUAUACUGAAAAGAUUCACUCAGUAUCAAGAAUGUAUUCGAUUAAUAGAAAAAAGUUAGUGAGCAGCUCAAAGACUGAGAAAACUUUAAAAGCGCCUCCUACAGAGAAAAAGCCCAAAGAUAGCCCCAGGAAGGCAAGUCAAAUGUGUUCGCACUCAUGGAAAACAGACUGGGAUGAAAUAAAGAGAAGAGGGAAGCCUUUAAUCAAUUUGGACCCCAACCGUUUUAUUUACCCAGUUUUAACAAACGGCCCGAACAAUCAGCUUAUUGGUCUUCGUGAUACUUUGUAUCUUGCUAUCAGAUUGAAUCGUACCAUCAUUUUGCCACAUUUUUACAAACAUAAAACUGAUACGUCAACAUUGAAUGGAUCUGAUACAUUUAUACCGACCUCUCAAAGAAUUGAUGUAGCCGCUUUAGCAGCCCUUUUGCCCGUUUUACCUUUCAAAUCAAUUAGUGACUCAUGUGCUGAUGGAUUUGAUGAUAUAUAUUUUACUAGUUACAAGCUUAUGCAUUCAUCUAUGACCCAUGUCGCUGAAGAGUUGGGUGUUUUGAUACAUGGCAAACAAAAUGGGGAACGGAUCAACAUGUAUCCCAAAAAUGCGGAUCCGUCUUUUUCAGCUCAGUCUCAGGUAACCUCAGAUAAAAAAUCACUUUAUAAACUGUAUGGUUCACCAGGAACCUGUGCGUUAUAUGUAAAGCCAUAUCGAACUGUUGGUGUAAAGGAGUCGCCAGGGGCAUUGAAAAAGUCUUGGAAAAAGUUUUUUUGAUAAUGGGACUCUCAAUGUAAAACAACAUGUUAAUAUAGAUUCAAUUGAAGAUAAGGAGUUAUAUUCUUUGAUCGUUCACAGCACACCCAAGCCGAAACACAUUACUGAGAUUAUAAAUGAUUUCAUUUCCUCAUAUGGUUUGAACG